AUGUUGCAUCAUCCAGUACCACCCAAGGUUGCACGCAAGAUUAUCACAAGUCCUACUGCUUCUGGUGACAGUGGGGAGUCCAAUGGUGAUGUAGAAAUUGGUGGCACUGAUCUUGAUCCUGGCACUCAAGGUGGUGACACCAAAGCUGAAGAUGAUGCGGAGCAUGCAUAUGCAUCAACUGAAGCUAUGGGAGAUGCAGAUUGCAAGGGUCAAACUUGUCAUCCCAAGGUUGAACAAACUGUGGAUGUUCACACUAUCUUCAUCAAGAAGGAUGACUACAUAGACCUGCACACUGGGCUGGUUGAGUCAGAACAUGUGUGCACAGUCUGCCAAAAGAAUGGUGUUGCUGCUAGACAUUGCUUCUUCAAGGGCAAAUGUAGGCAUCCCAACCACAUUAAGGUUUAUCAAGAAAACUGCAAGAAAUUAGAUAUUCCCUUCAAUGAAAGGGUGUGUCCAAAGUCUGAUGGGUCUGGAACCCUUGAUAGUCAACAAAGUCUCGACAGCAUUGUAGUUCAUCAGCCACAAGCACCCAUAUUCACCACCAGUGGCCUCCUCGAUUAUGUUGUGGAGUUGAUUGUGUGCGAGGACAAGGUAGGCAAUGUCUAA